AUGGCUAUUAGAGACUCGAUCUUCGUGGACGGGACAUCAGCCCACGUCGUCUCAACCACCCUGCACUACUGGCUCGACCCGGCACACGGAGGAUGCAAAGAGUUCUAUGCCGGGACAGCAGGGGCAUACCGCAGGAAACAUGACGAACAACCCGCUCAAAUCACGGACGUCAGAGGACACGAGAAAGACUUCACCCUCGACAAGCAGGGCUUCGCAUACGUGCAGCAUGAGAGCAAGGAAAAAGAGUUCGCAAACGAAGAAGGCAUCAAGGAACGUCUCUACCCCGAAGUAAGCGAGCUGUUGAAGGACGUCACAGGAGCGACCCACGUCCGGCCCUUCUCCCACCUAGUCCGCUCGGAGAGGUGGGAAGACGUCCAAGCAGCAUGGCAAGGCAAGAAAGACGACGACAUCAUCCGCAAGAAAGUGCCCGCCCGGUUCGCGCACGUCGACCACUCGUACACGGGCGCCAUGCAGGUCCUGAACGACAACCUCACCGACGAAGCCGAGCGCGCCAGACUGACCACCAACACGAGGUGGGCGAUAAUCAACGUGUGGCGUCCCAUCCACCAUCCCGCCACGCGAGACGCGCUCGCAGUAUGCGACGCCCGCACCGUCGCCGAGUCGGACCUCGAGGGCGUGACCGCGCACCUGCCCCCACCAGGCAGCGAGAGCGGCAGCAACACGUACGAGAACGUCAGCCUAGGAAGGCACUUCGAGACGUGGGCCGUCAAAGCCAGCCCCGCGCACAAGUGGUAUUACAAGAGCGGGAUGACGCCUAACGAGGCGUUGUUGCUCAAGAUCUUCGACUCGAAAAUGGACGGCCGCGCGAGGAGGGUGCCGCAUACUUCGUUCGCGUGCGAUGAGGACUACGGGCCGUCGCGACACAGCGUCGAGGUUCGGUGUUUUGUGUUUUGGGAGGAUCAGAGCUUGGAGUGA